AGUCUUGAAAUGAGGUUUUUUCAAAGAGUACUUUUUUUACCAGUGAAAUAGGAAGAAAAUGCUCAAAUAAAGGUCCUAAAAAUAGUAGGGUCGAGAAAAAAGCUGCAUUUGGCAUGCUGUUGACAAAUUAUCACAAAAGUGUUCCGAAUUUGUGGGUGUUCCGAAUAUGUGGGAUGGCUGUAGAGUCCAUGAAGACCGUUAGCUUCUUCUUUCCAAUAUACGAAUUUAUUCAUCAAAUAAAGAAACAAAUCUAUUUAUUCCUAUUUCAAACGUCCAAAUCCACUAUAUCUCAGUGAAAAGAGGCGAGCUGAGUGUACCGAAUAGUAUUUCUUCACAAAUAAGCUCGCUUAUCUUUCACCUCGCAGUACAAUAUCUGUGUUUGCAGAUUGAUUACCCGGGGUAGGGCAUCUAAUGCAAUCAGCUGAGGAUGCUGCUACCGUUUGUGUCAGUCAGCAGUAGUUGUCCUCUAGCAGCUUUCAGCGCACAAACCAUUCACAAAUGGCCUCUAGUGCAAUUGUUUUGCUGCUGGUUUUGCUCAUUCCAAGUGCGUUCAAUUUCAGUUUAAAAUUUGUCAACGAUCAGCUGCGAUUGUGGUUUGAUCCUCAGGAUGUAACCACCACUUUUGGAGAAGCGAUUAAUUUGACGCUUUGGAUUGAUGGAUAUUCAUACACCAAGAACUUUUCCGUCCAGUUCAGCGAUAGUGAGAACGCGUUUGUGCAAAUUGAACCUCCGAUUUGUCGGUUCUAUAAAGAUGAGUUUCACAAUAACUUAACGACAUUCCAAGCGAUAGGACGUCGUCCUGGAAGAUUCAUCGUGAAGGCAUCGGUAGAACCGGAGCGCUUCGUGGAUGACCAAAGGCUGUUUGUACGGUUGAAAGUCGCGUUGAGUCAACCGCUGAUCAUCAUCUCCUUAAUUAUCGGUUGGACGUAUACGGCUUGCUGGUCUUCCGGAUACUACCCGCAGAUUUACUUGAACUACAAGAGACAGAAUGUGGUUGGGCUUAGUUUCGAUUUCCUGCACAUCAACAUCAUCGGACAUGUCAGCUAUGCGAUCUUCAACUCCUUCAUGUACUGGAACAGUGCGAUCGAGCAAGAGUACUUCAAACGACACCCGUACGGGCUCAACCCGGUGAUCGGUAACGACGUGGGAUUCGCGGUUCACGCGUGCUUCGCCACCGGGUUCACUAUCCUGCAGUGUUACGUGUACGAAAACGGCGGCAACUCGAUCUCCAAAACCGCCAAAGCCAUCAUCAUCCUGUACUUCCACAUCAUCAUUGGGGCGGCCUGUUCGGUGUGGUUCUGGUCGUACCACUGGCUGGACUUUCUGUACGUGCUGAGUUACAUUAAGCUGUCGACGACCCUGGUCAAGUACUUCCCGCAGGCGUACAUGAACUACAAACGGCAGAGUACGGAAGGCUUUGCGAUCUUGAAUCGACUGCUGGAUAUUGCUGGGGGAUUGUUUGGAAUCCUGCAAAUGGUGAUCAAUGCGUGGAAUUUUGACGACUGGCAAUCCAUUCUGGGAGAUCCGGUCAAAUUUGGGUUGGGAGUGUUCUCAAUAUUGUUCGAUUUGGUGUUCAUAGUACAGCACUACUGUUUGUACAGGCCGUCUCACAAGUCGAAGAACAAAUCAAAUAAAGUUCAUCUUAAAGUGUCCUAUCAUCAAACACCAGCAUGAGAUUGUGAUCAUGCUUUUAUGUUUGGAACGGAAAAGACUGUUCAUGGAGCAAAUGGUGCUUUUAAACAUAAAUUGAACAAAUUCAUCUUCCAGUUUUGUCAAAUUAUUAUGUAAGAAUGCUCGAAUAUAAUAUAAAACCGAUUAUCAAUUAGAAU